AUGGCAGGAAGAAAGAAUAGCACGUUUGAUUUGGCACCGUCUGCACAGAACUCUAAGGCUCACUUUGAGGGAUUCCAAGGCGUCGAACCACUAAGGGACGGUGAUGAUGUAAAUUUAAAUUCAGAGAACGAAGUGAAUGAUGAUGUAAAAGGAAAAGACAAUCUGGAUCAACAAUCUAAAACUAAACCACCAUCAACAACAGGUCCACCACCGUCAACCUCUAGAAAUGUAACAGUGAGCAAGAAUUCAGCACCCGGAAAAAGUAAAAGUAAGUCGGAAUCAUCGGGAAAAAAGAAGGUGAUCGUGUGUGCACUGAUAAUCAUCAUAGCGUUGUUAGUGUUAACAUCAUCGAUGACAAUAAUAGUUACAUUGCAUUGGCAUGGUACGAUUCAUUGGUUCCCGACAUUAUCCGAAGCUCUUCAAGCACCAGACGAAUGA